CUCGGUCGCUGCGGCUCGGCCCGGCUCGGCCCGGCUCGGCCCGGCUCGGUUCGGUUCGGUUCGGUUCGGUUCGGCUCAGUCCGGUUCGGUUCGGCUCGGCUCGGUUCGUUCCGCAUCGACUCAGGCUCCGGUAACACCCGGGGGGGGGGGGGGGGGGGGGGGGGGGGUGGAGGGAAGCAGGGCAGCAUCCUCCGCGGGGGGCGGGGUUGGGUCGGGUCGGAUCACGUGGUGCGGCGGUACCGGGCCCGGAGCGGCGGGGGGGAACGGAACCGGCCGGUAACACGGUCGGUAACACGGCCGGUAACACGGUCGGUAACACGGCCGGGCUGCGCCGUGAUAACGGGACCGGGGGGGUGACAGCGGGUGAGCCGUGACUGCGGCGGGUCAGGACAUGGCUCGGUGUGAUACCGGGUGUCGGGACACCGCCACGCCGUGACACCGGCACCGGGAGCUCUCCAUGCGCUGACACCGGCGCCGCAGCCGCCCCGUGCCAUGCCGCGGUUCCGCACGCCGUGACCCCCAGGCCCCCCGUCCGGCGGUACCAUGGCGGUGCCGGUCCCGGUCCCGGUCCCGGUGCCGGUCCCGGUGCUGGCGGUGCUGGCGGUGCUGGCGGUGCCGUCCGUCGGGCUCUGCCCCACUCGCUGCGUCUGCGCCUCCAACAUCCUGAGCUGCUCCCAGGCCUCGCUCAGCUCCGUGCCGGCCCCGCUGCCGCGAUUCGCCGCCGUCCUGGACCUGAGCCACAACAACAUCAGCCGGCUCCGGGCCGACUGGGCUCCGGGCCGCCUGCCCCACCUGCACUCGCUGCUGCUGCCCCAUAACGGCCUGGCCUUCGUCUCCACCGAGGCGUUCACGCACGUCCCGCACCUCCGGCACCUGGACCUGUCGUCCAACCGGCUCCGAGCGCUGGACGAGAACCUGUUCAGCGACCUCCCGGAGCUGGAGGUGCUGCUGCUCUACAACAACGAGAUCUCCGCCGUCGAUCGCUCCGCGUUCGACAACCUGGGCCGGCUCCGCAAGCUCUAUUUGGGUCGGAACCACAUCUCUCGUUUCCCUUUGGAGCUGCUCCGUGACGGCAGCCGCCCGGCUCAGCUCUCGCUGCUCGACCUGUCGUCCAACCGGCUCCGUUCCCUGCCGGCCGUCGAGCUGCAGGCGCUGCCCGCCUGGCUCCGCGACCGCCUGUACGUGCACGGCAACCCGCUGGGCUGCGACUGCCCGCUGUUCCAGCUGCUCGCCCGGGGCCGGCACCGGCGGCUGAGCGCGGUGCUGGACUUCCAGGAGGAGCUGCGCUGCCAGCUGCCCGCCGCGCCGGGCCGGGCUCCGGUGCCCAUCCUGGACUUGGGGUCCCGAGAGCUGCUCAACUGCAGCGAGGCCAGAGAAGCCGUGCUGGAGGCGUACCUGGGGGACGGCGUCACGUUGGGCUGCGACAGCCGCGUGCGGGCGGUGCACGGCCGGCACUGGGUGACACCGGGGGGGGACGGGGUGGGCGAGGAGGGGGGUAACGGCAGCGCGGCCGUGUUGGCCGACGGCAGCCUGCAGCUCCGGGCCGUGCGGCCGGAGGACGGAGGGACGUACGCGUGUCGCGUGUGGGGCCCGGCGUUCAACGAGACGCUGUACGUGGAGCUGCUGGUGCACAACUUCACCCUGCACGGCCCCCACGACGGGCUCAACACCGCCUACACCACGCUGGUGGGCUGCAUCCUCAGCGUGGUGCUGGUGCUCAUCUACCUGUACCUCACCCCGUGUCGCUGCUGCUGCCGAAGCGCCGAGAAACCCGCCGCCCCCCCCCGCGACGACAGCCUCAAUUCGUCCGUGCUCAGCGCGACCCCCAACCACAACGUCGGGGAACCUCAGCCCCCCACGAGGCCCCGCAUCGCCGGGCACCGCGCCGCGCCGGGGGGGCAGAACGGGAGGUACAAAGCGGGGGGGAGCCCACCCGUGGCGGCGGUGGUGGGGGGGGCACCGAGGGAGGGACCCCGGGCGCAGAGGAAGGUGUCGGAUCCGGACUCGGUCAGCUCGGUGUUCUCUGACACCCCCAUCGUGGUGUAGGGGGGGUUUGGACACCCCCCCGGCUCUGCAGAGCACGAGGGAUGUGAGGACUGCGGUGGGGAUGCUGUGACGUGGAGCCCCCCCCCCCCGGGGGUCAGGAUGCCGUGGGACCCCCACCGGUGACAGCAUCCGAGCACACGGGGGUCCCUGCUGCGUGGACGCCCCCCCCGCACAGCGCUGCCUCCCGCAUGUUGAUCGUGACGCAUGACCCCCCCCCCCGGGAAGCAUGACCCCCCCGAGGCCACAGCUGCCGCCCACACCAGAGGGGGGGUUGGCUAUGGGGCGCAACCCCUUUCCAAUGAGCCACAGCACCAGCUGAGCCCCCCCCCCUCCUUGGGGCCGUCCUGGGGGGGGCACAGCCGCCCCCCACCGGGGGGGAUCCCAGGGAGGGAAGUGCCCCCGCCCCACACCUGACCCCACAGCUCCCCCCGUGUCUGUGUCCUCAGCUUCAGCCGGCGUCGCGCUGCUGCAUCGCUGACAAUAAAGAACCGAGCGCUCCCCA